UUGAAAAAAAGACCGAAUCAACAAGAUUCUGGUGUCAUCACAUUUUAAGAAAUAUAAGAAGAAUGCAGAAUCUGCAAUUCAUUAAUGCCCUGUUUGGUAACAGGGAAUUGAUUUCAAAUCCAAGAUUUGUUCAAAUAUCUUGUUUGGCAAUUUUAAAAAAUUCAGGAUUUAUAUUUCUCCAAUUCCAUCCAAACUUAAACACUGGUCAUAAUAGAAUAAUUUGAAAUGUCAUUCUAACACAUAGCAUUUGAAAUAAAAAAACUAAACGACACUCCAGCUACUCCUUCCCGAUCCACUCUGCUGCUCGCUCCUCUUCUCCACCGCUUUCACGCCGCUGCUCGCUCCGGCCAUCACGCCGCUGCUCGCUCCGGCCAUCACGCCGCUGCUCGCUCCGGCCAUCCUUCCGUCUUCGAAGAUUGAACGACUAAAAAGUACAAUGUCGGAUGAAUUGAGUAUUCGAGAUUCGUGUAAACGUUUGAGGGAUGAUGAAGAUAUGGAGUUGGUUACGAUAGUUGCGGGUUUUAUUGUGGUAGUAGCAGUAGUCUCAUAUGGUCAAAUGUAUAGGGUGAAAGACGUAACUUGGAAUGAGUGCGAGCGUGCUAAAAUUAGGGCUAUAUGGAUGAACACUUUAACAAAUGAUAGGAUGUGUCGAGAGCAACUACGUCUUGACAUACGUCGUUUUGAGAAGUUGUGUCAUCUCUUACAAUCUAAAGGGGGGCUAGUAACAACUAGGAAUGUCACAGUGAAAGAAGUUGUGGCGCAGUUUCUUCAUAUUCUUGGGCAUGAUCUGAAAAACAGAACAAUGCAAGCGCUCUUUGCCCGUUCAGGAGAAACCGUGAGCCGUCAAUUUCAUGUAGUACUUGAAUCUGUGCUAAAGCUUGGACAGUUUUUUAUCAAGAAAGUGGAUCAUUCUACUAAUUAUGCACAUGAAAGCAAAUGGAAGUGGUUUGAGGGUGUUGUAGGAGCUCUUGAUGGAACACACAUCAAAAUGACAGUCCCUGUUGAGGAUCGACCUCGAUAUCGAGAUAGGAAGGGGGAUACUAGUACCAAUGUGUUAGCCACAUGUGAUCCAGACCUUCGUUUUACAUAUGUUUUGCCAGGUUGGGAAGGAUCCGCGUCAGAUCCCCGUGUUCUUCGUGAUGCUCUUCGAAGACCUAACGGCUUAAGAGUCCCUAGAAAUAAAUAUUUUCUUGUGGACUUGGGAUAUACUAAUGGUGAGGGUUUUCUAGCUCCUUAUAGGGGUACUCGAUACCAUUUAAAUUUGUGGCGAGGGAACACUCCUUAUAGGGGUCUGAUUCUGUCGGACAAUUGACUAGUUUUUUCUUCUUUGUCGAUUUUGUAAACUGAUAUAAUACAGACUGGAUUCUUUUUAAGCAAUAAACAAAAUAUCAAACAUAAAAAUUGUGCUAGAAUUAUGUGCUAUCAACUAAAUAAUUAUGAGCAGAUUUCUUUAUCAACUAAAUAUCUGUGGCCUUAGAACAGUAUAUAGCUGUGGCCUGUGUGCUUGUAAAGUAUUCUGUAUUUGGCCUUAGAACAGUAAACUAACUCUUGUUCAUAUAUCACUAGUGUGUAAAAGGAAGUUGAUAUUGAACUUUGAAUGGCCUUGAACGUAGAGGAGGUUUUGUGCUUAAAUAAUUAAAUUAAACUUGGUACUACUUGUCUUAUGUUUUGUUGUGUUCUCUUCCUUGUAACCCCCCUUGCUCUUGAUCUGAAUAGAUGGAACACACAGUAGCUUGUAAUUUUGUUGUGGUCACUGAAAAUGGCAUCACUAACAUGUGCAGACGUUAAGUUUCUACUGUCUCUUGUGUUGGUUUCCUUGGUGAUCCAUAUAGACAAAGCCUGCACCUCAAAUCAGGGGAUUAUUAUAUGCUUGUUACUUGAGCUGUUAGUUGUCAAAAUCCUGUAGACCUUGGUUACUUCUGUUUUCUAUGUGAUAUUCAAUGGAUUAAAACUAUGAAUCUCAGCUGUUUUAGUUAAAAUUUUGAAAUUAUUCAAAUAGUGAGACCCCUGUGAACUCAUCAUAUCUGAUUUUGGCUGCAUUACUGGGCUGUAAGUAUAUAUUCUCAAUCACUGAGCGUGCUAUUCAGGUUUAAUAAUUGGCGCUGCUGUAUUUGUCAUAAUAGUCAGUCUUAGAAUGUAUUAUCAUAAUGG